AUGUUUUCUAUGAGAAAUAUCGUAUCAGCGAAUCAUGGAGGAAAUGUAACUGGAUCUUCUACAAUGGUUACCAGUAUAAACCGAGUUCAGACUCAAAAUCAAUCAGGCAUUGAAUCACACCAACCCAUGUACUCCAUGGUAAAUAUCGCACCAAGGAAUCAUAGAGUAAAUGUAACUGGAUCUUCUACAAUGGCUACCAAUGCAAUCCGAGUUCAGGCUCAAAAUCAAUUAAUCGUUGAAUCGCCUCAACCCAUUUUCGUCACUUCGAUCCCGAGUCAUCCCACAAUUGUGCCACUUGCUCCGACCCGGAUUUAA